AUGCCGCCCCGAAUGCGGCGGGCUGCGCUCCUCACGUUGACUACCUUGCUGCUGGCUCUCAACCGAAUGGCAACUGCCCUUUUUCUUAUAAACUGGGACAGCGACAUCAUAGCCAGUGAGCAAGAGUCUGAAUAUGCAGAGAGAGACGCGCUCAGCAUUCAUUUCGGGGCUGACAAAAAGAACCUCACUAUUUUUCCUUCUUACGAAGUCAUGAAAGAAAGAAUUGGUCCGUUCAAAGAUGUAGAUCGAUCGAAACUGGUCAAUCACAACUACGUUGAAAUGACAGCUUGGCUAAAGGCAACAGUACUCAACUAUCCGAACAUAACAUACUUGUACUCGGUGGGGAAAAGUGUACAGGGUCGUGAACUCUGGGUUCUUGUUGUUUCAGACAAUCCGAGAGAGCACGAAUUGCUCGAACCUGAAGUGAAAAUCGUGGCCAAUAUGCACGGCAAUGAGGUAGUGGGACGAGAGGCUGUGCUGUAUUUAAUCGAAGUUCUAUGUUCUAAUUAUGGAAAAAAUGAAUAUCUAACCAAAUUCGUGGACAAUCAACGAAUCCAUUUCAUGGCGUCGAUGAAUCCGGACGGCUAUGAGCAUGGGCUUCCUGGAGAUCGCGUCGGAUUUUACGGACGUAGCAACGAGCACAAUGUUGACCUGAACCGCAACUUCCCGGCAAGGUUCCCGUCUCAUCGUGAACAGUCCGGAGGUGGUGAUCCAGAACCAGAAACAGCAGCAGUGAUGAAGUGGCUGGAGCAGUACCCAUUUGUUAUCAGCGCAAAUUUGCAUGGAGGAUCACUCGUGGCCAAUUAUCCUUUCGACGACUCUGUGACUGGUCAGGACCACAUCUAUUCGGCAACUCCUGACGACAAGCUCUUUGUCGAAUUAGCCUACAGAUAUGCUCGCGCUCACCCGCGCAUGUGGAAAACUGGCCGGCGAUGUGGCCUGUCUGUUGAUGGGGAUGUCUUUUUGAAUGGGAUCACAAAUGGGGCCGAUUGGUAUCAUUUGGCUGGCGGUAUGCAGGAUUGGCAGUACACGCACACGAACUCGUUCGAGGUCACGAUUGAAAUGGGUUGUUACAAAUUUCCUACAAACGAUAUGCUGCCAAAGUUAGUUUUCAGGUUUAAAUGA